UGAAAUAUACCGAGCGAACGACUCGGAAUGAGGGCCAAUGUCUUUGGGAAUUUGACAUGGACACAUGACAGAUGCGUUUUGCUUACACCGGAGCACAACCCUCAUGGUCCACAUACUGGCUUAACUAUCGUUUGAACUAAGAGUACAUGACAAAAAUGCACAUUCGUUAUUGCUGAGACAUCAAUUGUGCUUGUUUCAUGACUGAGCUUGCUUAAUUAAUUAAUCUAAAACUGUCCUUUGUACACCAAUGCAUUAAUUAGGCUCAUGUCAGCUCAGUCAGGAGACCAGAGCCAAGGUCACAAGGCUACAUAUUUCUCCUGGGUGUUCCAGCUCUUUGUAUACACUACAACACAAUGGCAGAUAGUGCCAAUAAUUUCCCUCCAUUGCCAAAGUUCAUCCCUCUUCGUCCCUGUUUCUACCAAAAUUUUGAGGAUGAGAUCCCUGCAGAUCACAGGACCUUGGUGCGGAGGAUCUAUCACUUGUGGUUAUUUUAUUGCCUGUCCCUUGCUGUGAAUCUGGUUGCAUGUCUUGCGUGGUGGAUUGCUGGAGGCUCUGGGGUAAAUUUUGGAUUGGCUAUAUUGUGGCUGGUUAUGUUCAGCCCAUGUGGUUAUGUAUGCUGGUUUCGUCCAGUAUAUAAAGCAUUCAGAUCUGACAGCUCCUUCAACUUCAUGGCUUUCUUCUUUGUGUGUGGGGCACAGUUUGUCCUAUCAGUUAUCCAGGCCAUUGGGAUUUCAGGAUGGGGAGCCUGUGGCUGGCUGGCUGCGGUGACCUUUUUCAACAGUAAUGUUGGGGCUGCAAUAGUGAUGUUAUUCCCAGCUGUGAUGUUUACAGUUAGUGCUGUGGUAACUGCUCUAGUAUUGAUUCGAGUGCAUAGACUGUACAGAGGAGGAGGUGGAAGCUUCCAGAAAGCCCAAGAUGAGUGGCAUAGCGGAACAUGGAAGAGUCCACCCACCCGUGAAGAGCAGUAUUCUAAUUUUGAUGGGCCCACUUUGCCCCAGUACCCCACAGUGCCAAGCUAUCCUGCAGGUGGACAGUGGCCUUGAACUCCCUUUUUCUGUUUUUUACAGUUACAAGAUCUUCAGUGGCUCCUUGUAAUACUGUUAACUCAAGAUCCUCAUAACAGUUCAUUAUGGCAUACCUAAAAUACUUUUGAUAAUCUGAUAUUAUCAACCAGCAGACAUUUAUAUGUUACACUUGGGACCAUAGACAUUCGUUUUUAACUCAUCAUGGGUCAUUAUCACAUUUCAUGAAAAUGGUUUCCUCGCCAUGAUCCAGAAGCCGAACUCAAGAUUAGUAUCUGGAGCAAGAGCCAAAAUAUAUUGUGAUUUCAGGUGAUGUCUUGGGUAGAUGAUAGCCACAAAGCUGCUUAAAUCCAGCAAAAUGUCUGUGCCUAUAAUAAUGGCAUACAAUAUAAAGAGGAAUAUGCUAAAUUUAAUUUAUUUUUGCAAAGCAUUCCAACAAUUGUUUUUCUAAACAUUCCAAAUACAUAUUAUUUAGCUUCUAUACAGUUUUCAUCUCUGCAGUUGCAAUAAAGGACACCCCAAACUAAUAUUUUAUAUAUAUAUAUAUAUAUAUAUAUAUAUAUAUAAAAUAUUUGCUGCACCGUCUCCAUUAGAAAUUUUACAUUCCUGUUUACUUUGCUGAUUUUUGAGCAGAUUUGUAUACUGACUUCAGCUAUAGGCCCUCAUUCCGAGUUGUUCGCUCGUUAGUGGUUUUCGCAACGGAGCGAUUUGUCGCAAACUGCGCAUGCGCAAUGUUCGCAGUCCGUUUGCGCCAAGUAAAUUUGCCAAAAAGUUAGGUAUUUUACUCACGGCUUAACGAAGAAAUUUCUUCGUUCUGGUGAUCGGAGUGUGAUUGACAGGAAGUGUGUAUUUCUGGGCGGAAACUGGCCGUUUUAUGGGUGUGUGCGGAAAAACGCUGCCGUUUCUGGGAAAAACGCGGGAGUGGCUGGAGAAACGGGGGAGUGUCUGGGCGAACGCUGGGUGUGUUUGUGACGUCAAACGAAACUGACUGAACUGAUCACAGUGGCAGAGUAAGUCCCGAGCUACUCAGAAACUGCAAAGAAAUUUCUAUUCGCAAUUAUGCGAAUCUUUCGUUCGCAAUUCUGCAAAGCUAAGAUUCACUCCCAGUAGGCGGCGGCUUAGCGUGUGCAAAGCUGCUAAAAGCAGCUAGCGAGCGAACAACUCGGAAUGAGGGCCAUAGACCGAAACAUUCAGCUGCUGCAUUUUCAGUUGUAAUGGCCGUGUGAAAAGAUUUGUGAUGCGUACAAGAGUGCCUUAAUGCAGAUGGUUUGCACACUGUGUGUACUGGGAAUCGGAAUCCUUUGUAAAACAUCUCCAUAUUCUUAUUGAAGAAUAAUAUAGGAUCAACUUUG